AUGCAGUCCUGGCGAUCGGCCCUGGGCUCGCUCAACGGCCCCGUCGACGGCUUCACCGGCGCCGUCGGCAACACGCCUCUGAUCCGCCUGAACCAUCUCUCGAAGGAAACGGGAUGCGACAUUUACGGCAAGGCCGAGUUUAUGAACCCCGGUGGAUCUGUCAAGGAUCGCGCUGCUCUAUUUGUCGUCAAGGACGCAGAGGAGCGAGGCCUGCUCCAACCCGGCGGCACUGUUGUCGAGGGCACUGCCGGCAAUACCGGCAUCGGUCUCGCCCAUGUCUGUCGCUCUCGUGGAUACAAAUGCGUGAUCUACAUGCCCAACACCCAGAGCCAGGAGAAGAUUGACCUGCUCAAGAUGCUGGGAGCCGAUGUUCGUGCCGUUCCCGCCGUGCCCUUCACCGACCCAGCCAACUACAACCACCAGGCCAAAGCCUUUGCCGAGACAACCGCGGGCGCGGUCUGGACCAACCAGUUCGACAAUACUGCAAACCGCCGCGCCCAUCUGGAAACCACCGGCCCCGAGAUCUGGCGGCAGAUGAACGGACACCUCGAUGGCUUUGUGUGCGCCACUGGCACCGGCGGCACUCUUGCUGGCACCACUCGGUAUCUCAAGACCAUUUCCGACAACAAGGUCAAGUGCUUCCUCGCCGACCCUCCAGGCUCGGUUCUGUAUGCUCUCAAGAAGACGGGCCAGCUGGAGCGAACAGGCGCCGGCUCCAUCACCGAAGGCAUUGGCCAGGGCCGAGUCACCGACAACCUCGCCCCCGACUUUGAGCUUCUGGACGACGCUGUGCACGUUCCCGACGAAGCCAGCAUAGCGACAGUGUACCGAUUGCUGGAUGAGGAGGGCCUCUUUAUCGGUGCCAGCUCGGCCUUGAACGUAGCCGCUGCCGCCCAAGUGGCCAAGAUCCUGGGCCCGGGUCACCACAUCGUCACGAUUCUCUGCGACGGCGCCUACCGAUACCAGUCCAGACUCUUCAGCCGAUCGUGGCUGGAGAGCAAGGGACUGAUCGAUGCCAUUCCGUCCAGCCUGCACAAGUACAUCUCCCUGCAGUAG